CUUGUUGAUCCAUAACUUAACACGCACGCGGGGCUCCCUUCCCAGUGACGCAGCAACGUUCCUCCGCGGAGGGUGCGGGGCGCGCGAGCCUUCAUAUUUCUCCCACGCCAGACAGAAAGUGUCAGAAGAGCUUGAAGUGGGAGGAAAAAACACAAUAGAGAAGAAAGGCCAGAUGAAGACCUUCAGAAGCCAAAGCCAGCCUGAGCGGCGCGGAGCCCUCAGCAGCCUGCACAGCCUCAGCAGCAGCGCCAUGAGUCCCCUCAGCACGGCCAGCAUCACCCUGGCAGUCCUGUUCAUCCUCACCAUACCAGCCUGUACCAGUGCUCCAGCCAAUCUUCAGCAGGCCACAACAGAUCAGAGGGAGCUACUUCGCCAGAUAGAUGCCGUUUGCUCAUCCUACCUCUCAGCAGACUUGAAGUACUGGACAUCAGAUGUCAUAGGAGAACUCUGUAUCUUGAUGCUGGCUCAGAAGUCAAAGGAGGUGAGAAUCCAAGACAAUAGUAAACGGACCUCUUCGUUGCACCCUCUACUGCAUCUCGUUUCUCAGCUCCAUCCCAGAAGAGAGAGAGGACUCAUAAUGAGCUCUGAACUCCAGGGACCUGGUGGAAUUGAAAGCAGAGGCUACUUCCUCUAUCGGCCACGAAAUGGAAGACGGUCUUUAGAAUAUGAAUAAAAAAAGAAACUCUACUUGCGAGUGUAUAGAGACAACACGGACCCCUGAGACCCGAGCCACUGCAUGAUGACCGAGUAAUCCAGACUCCAACCACAGCCCUUUGCCUCUCCUGUACAGUGAUGUUCGAAUCUGUACCAUGAAUACUAAUUAAACUACCAAUCAUUUGUCCAGA